UUUUUUUUGGGGGGGGUGCUGCAAAUCAGCCGCCCGCGUGCAGCAGAGCACGUGCGUCACAGUUCCGACUCGAGGCGGCUUCUCCUGGGAAGGACCUCCACCUCCUCCCUCCUCCUCCUCCUCCUCCCUCCCCCCCCCCGUUGCCAACUCGCGCCGCUCCUUGAAGGGCGUCCAGGCCGGGCCUCGGCAGCCGCUACCCGGGCCUGUCGCCAUGGCAACGCGGCCUGCUUGGUUCCGAAGCAGGGAGGGCGCGGGAAGAGCAGAAGGCGAGGAGGAGGAGGAGGAGGAGGCAGCCCUGGCCUUGCAGGGGAGCUCUGAUGACCAGUGCCCACAUUCCCCAUAACGGUACCCAUCUGGAGUGGAAGAAGCUGUGGGCACCCCUCAGAUUCACUCUACAGAGGAUCUUACCUGCCUUGCUUUCACUCCCAGCGGCAACAGUUACAUCGGUUGUGAGAUGAGCAAGGGUGCUAGGGGGCUAAGUGAGUGAAGACCUUUUUACUGGGGGGAGGGGGGGUGCUACCUUCUUGGUGGUGCAGUUUGCCUCGCCGAAAAUGGAACCCAGGAUGGAGAAGGGUGAGGAGGCUGAGAGUGUGAAGAUUACUUCCCAGCUUCUGAAAGCCAAGACAGGCGAGUUUGACCUGGAGUCCAUCUUACUGCUGAAGCUUAGAGGUCUGGGCAUUGUGGACCUUGGCUGCCUCGGGGAGUGCACUAGCCUAGAGUGGCUGGACCUGUCAGGCAACACCAUCACCCACCUAGGCCCCCUCUCCUCCCUCAAGGCUUUGGCCGUCCUCAAUAUCUCCUCCAACCGUAUUGUCAGCCUGGAGCCUCUCAGCGGCUGUGAAAACCUGCAAAGCCUCAAUGCUGCUGGCAACUUGCUGAGCAGCCUGCAGCAGUUGCAGUGCUUGAUGGGCCUGCGGCACCUGGAGAACCUGCGCUUCAGCAACCCCAUGGGGCGCCUCAGCAACCCCUUCUGUGCCACCCCAGGGUACCGCGUCGCCAUGGCAGAGAUGUUCCCUGGAGUGAAAGUGAUUGAUGGUGAGAGGGUCUCCGGGUGCGGCAGCGAGCUCUACCAGCUCUGCAAGGACCUUGACAACUCCCUCAAACGCUUCCACAUCACUGGGGUCAGUGAGCUCAGUGGCUUGAGCAAACCCUGGGUAGAGGAGGGAUACUGGGAUGUCCGGCCAGUCAGGAGGAGCUCCAUCGUGGAAGAAGCCUACAAGCAGUUCAAUGAGGUUCUCCAGGAGUGCCGGGAUCUGAGCAAGCGAGCUGAUGACACCAUUUCCCAGGUGGAGCGGGCCCUAAACAUCCGUCCGGACUCAAGCUCUUACGUGUUUUGAGCAGCCCUACACAUAGAUGCCCUUCCCUUAAUGUUGUCCAAUUGGGUCCUGUCCUUUGAUAUCAUUGUCUUCCUCCUGGGCCUGUCAUUCCUUUGUUUCACCCUGGCCUCAGCUCUCCAAAAGCAAUGUGUGUUAGUACAAGGUGGGUCCACAGCCUUUGCUGACCCCCUUUCCCCCUUUUUUCCAACACAGCACUUCCCCUCUGGGAGUCCAGAGUACCCAGACAGUCUUACUAUGCUCCACCCCCUGUGAAAGCUUGUAGGAGCUCAGAGACCUGAGCUUAAAGUCAAAGAGAAUCAGAAGGUAGCUUUCAGGCAAAGGGGUUCCUAGGCAGGAUUAGCAAAUUCAGAGCAUCAAAUGAUAGCUGAACUAGCAUCUGGAGCUUUCGGGCUACUUCUGUACGACGUGUAUGCUAGGUUUUAAAAUGGGACUAACAGUUGUGGUGCUGCCCACCUAUUUAUUUAGGUCCCUGGGUAGCAGCCUUGAUGUUUUUGGCUGGCUGGCUAGGGCUGAUGGGAGCUGUGGUCCAAAAUAUCUGAAGGCCAUCAGGUUGGCCAAGGCUGCUGGGAAUCAACUAUUGGGCCAGCUAAUGGCUGUGGUGGGUGAGAUCUUGGAUCACUUUUCAUUUCCCCUCAAGGAUGCUUUGAUUCUCUCUGGCUUUUUGGGCCACAGUACAGUACCUCUCAGACCUUAUCCUGAGGAGAUUCUCACGGUCAUUUUUUUUCACAUGGUGAAACCAUUGUGACUUGACUUAUCCAGGCAAAUUGAAGCGGUUUCAGCACAGGGAAGCAACUUCCUUGAUUCUCUGCCAUGUUUUUUAGACCACCAAGUCCCUCCAUCCUCCUGACUAAACCUCAUUGCUGACAAUUUUCCAGCAUGUGUGGAUAUUUUGGUGUUGAUAUGUCAGAAUACUCACAAGAGUGCUUCCUUCACCGUACUGUAGUUGUCAACACAGUGACGUUUGUGUAAACCACACCAAAAUGUGAAAACUACGGGGCUGGUUGAGAACCAUUUGGAUUGGCCGGGAGGAUGAACCACAAGUGAAGCAGCACCCAUGUUCGUCUGUGCAGUGACGCCAGUUUGCUCUGCAGACUUUAUUCUGAUUGGCAGCUUCCAUACUGUCUGACUGGUCCACCCAAGGGGCUGAACUGACCAGAGAUCACUCAAGGAAUUUCCCCUGUGGCUGCCUGUCAGAUAGCAAUAGGACUGAGCCAGAUGUAUUCCUGUUCACUCUGUUGUUUCUCAUUGUAUUACAAUGACACUGCUCAGACAGAUAAUCCUCUUCAUUUUGCAUUAGGGGUGCCAGGUUCAGGGCCUGAGACUGAUCCUGUAUCUUUAGGAGACGAGAAAGUUGGCCAAGGGCAGGUGUUCUUGCAACAUUGUA